UCCCCAUAAACCCCGUGAUCUCCAAAACAACAUAACAAAGUGGGAGAAACAUGGCGAGCGGAGAGGAGGCCAGAAGACGCCCCUCAGUUACCUCCUCUUCGGUCGGCCUGGAGGCUCUCUUCCCUCCGGGGACCUCGGAGCAGGCCUGUGCGGAAGGAAACCCGGAGCUCGUCCGCCUGCGGGAGAGUCUCCAGGCUUGGCUAUCGCAGUAUGAACCCCUGCUGCUGUGGGUGCAGAGGCUGCUGGUGUGGGAGAGGCCGCUGUACAGCAUCUCUGUCGCCCUGACACUCAACACAUUAUUCUGGCUCCUGUCCUCCACCUCCCUGCGGCCUCUGUUCCUGCUGAGUGUGUCCCUGCUGGGGCUCAUGCUCCUGGAGAGAUGGAAGCCCAAGCUGCCCAUCAUCACUGUUCAACAUGCUGAGGUUCAUGCUGUACCAAGUGAAACAAUGAGCGCAGAGCAGCGUCUGCUCAGUAUUCCUGAGCUCAGCUACCACCUGGCUGAGAGCUACCUGACCUGCUGCCUGUAUCUUCAGGAGAUGCUGCAGUACAAGCGACAGAACCACGGCAAGUUCUGUGUGAUGAUGUGCAGCGGCUGUUUCGUUCUUGCUGUGGUGGGACAUUAUGUACCAGGAAUCAUGAUCUCCUACAUUAUAGUUCUGAGUGUGCUGCUGUGGCCACUGGUGGUGUACCACGAGCUGAUCCAGAGGAUGUACACCGGCUUGGAACCAAUCCUGAUGAAACUGGACUACAGCAUGAAGGGAGAUACCGAGCACCGCAAACACGACAAGAGGAAGGUAAAGAAAGAGAUGGAAGAGGGGGAUGAGCCAAGAGCUGAAACAGAAAGUGAGAGCGAGGAAGAGCUGUCCUGUUUUGCUCCAACGGUGGAUGUAAAAACUACUGCUCUGGCAAUGGCCAUCACAGACUCGGAGUUGUCAGAUGAAGAAGCUUCCAUCUUGGAGAGUGGAGGGUUCUCAGUGUCCAGAGCCACCACUCCUCAACUGACUGAUGUCUCUGAAGACUUGGACCAGCAGAGUUUACACAGCGACCCAGAGGAGUCCUACCUGCGAGAUCUUCCCGAGUUCCCCUCAGUUGAGGAGUUUCCGUCCAUUGAGCACAAUCUGCUUCACUUUCCUCUGCGAGGUCCAGGCCAGGGAGACAGAACCCAGGCUGGUGCUCCAGCAGAGGGAGAACCGCUGAGCCCUGCCAGCCUCCUUAUCCAACACCUAGCAUCUCCUCUCCACUUUGUGAACACACAUUUCAAUGGACAUGGACGACCCCCUGGGGGUGAGGAGGGCAUGUUGCCUGUUCCAGGCACAGGGGAGGGAACAGCACAGAGGCAGGAGGGAGAGGAGAAGGAAGCGGCGGUAACCCAGGGAACACAGCGGUCAUUGGAGGCCUUGAGCGAGGAGAUAGUGAGCACGGCCAUCUCCACUGUUGUGCAGAACACUCUGUCAGCCCUGCUGCGCUCCAGUGAGGCCAGUGACGAGCCCUCCCUGGAUGAGUUCCUUCCAACCGAUACCCCACCGAGCGCUUUGGAGACCUCCACUCCACCCAUCGACACCACUGCUAACACUACAGUUACUACAACGGGGGCGGCGGGUCCUGACGAGGACCUGGACGAAGCGAUUACGACGGAAAGCGGUGCUGCCGAGGAGUUCCCAGAUGACACACUAGUUCCGACCGAGGAAGAGGACUUUGAGCUUUUGGACCAAAGUGAACUGGAGCAGGUGGAUGAGGCGCUGGAGCUCAGCUCUGACAGACAGGUGGUGGGAGGAGGCCCAGACACGCCUCCAUCUCCUCAGCAUCAACCACAGUCAUAGCUUUCCUGUUGACCCCCCCCUCCCCCCUCCUUGCCUCCACCUUCAACUGUUUUUGUUUUUAUUUGUACGUUAGAACGACAUUAUAAACAUACAUACGGCUAUUUACAAUGCAUUUAUCAAAGAGUUUAUUACUGUUGGUUGGUGAUUGUGUGGCAGAUGGUUGAGACACUGGGUCGGUUCUGCUUUCAUAGCUUCGCUUUACAAGGGUCUGCUCAGCCUUGGUACCUGAGUUCUAGUUCAGGAUUAUCACAUUUAUUGGGAUCAUCAGCUACUACCAGGGGGUAUUCACGACACAGCUUUACUGUACCCUUAAAUACAUCGAUAUUACAUUCACAGUCUGGGUUUUUGUGUUGACUCAUUUUUGGCUCGAUAGUAUCAGAGAGUAAGAGUCAAAAGCAGAAUUUGGAAUUACAGUUCUAGAGACAUCAUAACUGUUGAAAUGUGGGCUCUGACAAACCUGUUUAGUCUCUUGGCACACUGAGGAUGCCUUUAUUUAGUAUCUUGGCUCAUGGCUUAACCCUUCCACCUUCAGAAGCAGACGUUUAUGUAGAUGGUGUUGUGAAGAGCUGAAAUGUUGGAUUAUAUGACUAAUAUUAUAUGCUAUAAAUUAUUUAAUUUAAUGAUCAGUUGAUUAUUAUUAUUAUGAUUAAGCAGAGGGGAGUCUGAAAGUACGUUUUAUCCCUUCCAUAAUGAUUGUAUGUAAGUGUUUUAACGAUGGACGUCCAAGUUCAAAUUGUAGUUACAUUUUCCCGGAGUUAGUGAAACGAUAUUAAUCCCUGUCUUUACCUCUGAGGUUACAGGUUUAAAAAUAAGCAUUCAGUCAUUGGUGGUUUUUCACUUGUUGCCUGCAAAUGGAAUCUUUGACAUUAUUGGAUGUUGACAACUCGCUGGUCUUUACCCAUACACAUAAGUGACUUUCAUGUGGCAAGAUAAAAGAAAUGUUCCUGAAUUUCCUCUCUGUGAUGGAUGCCUCAUUUUUACCACCGUUUGUGAAUAGGUCAUACAUCCUCGGUCCAUACUUAAUUGAAUUUAGUAUUGAUCUGGCAGAUUUAAAACCAUCAUCACUGGGAAAUGUAUAUUUACCAAAUAACCUCCUGUGUGCCACGACAAGUUCAUGCAUGCAGUGCAUCACGCAUGUAUUUACCAUGAUCAAUAUUCGAGUACAGUUUUCAAAAGAGCGUUACUUUUACUGGAGCAGAUUUUUUUUUUUGUCUUGGUUUUUGAAGGGGCAUAAAACUUUAAUUACACAUCUUUGUCUGGCCAAUGCUGGGAAUUUGUGUUAAAAGAAAAUUGGCAAAUAUUUACAGUUGAAUGAAGAUUUUUUUUUUUUGCUUUUGUAAACCACUCAGCAUCCAAAUCUCAGGGGUGGGUUGUACAAAGUGAAUAUAACACUGCAGAAUACGUGUCCAUUUCCCCACUUGUCGUAGUGCACUGUAUUUGUACUAACCUUUCCUUUUUUCAGUCUCCUUGUGUAUAGUGUAGAAAUGCAAAAAAAAAAAAAAAAGGAAAGUGUAUAUUCUGCAUGUAAAAACAGCACUCUCUCUUCAAGUUCUCCUUGUCGACUGACAAAGUACUGCACAAUUUGUGAGGAAAAAAAACAUCUGAAUGUUUCAGGUUAAAAUAGCCUGUUAAAUUCAAUUUAUUUCAUUACAAAUGAGGGGAAUUAAAGUUUUGACGUGUCCUUACUUUUAUUUUUAAAAGACUACCCAACUGUAAAUGGAAACGGGUGGCAAGUGAUAACAUCAGAUUUAGAGAUUAACAGACUAGUUUGUGUAUGGUAGUUGUGUGUUUUAUGCUUCAAAUACUUGCUUCUUGACCUAUAUAUAUAAAAAAAAGACACUUAUCGAACUGUACAAUUUUAAAAAAAGGAAUAUAUUUUCUAAUUUCUCCUUUUUCCAUAAAGUACUCAGUUUGAUCUUUUACGUCUAAAAAAAAAAAUUGUAACUGCUAUGGACAAGUUUCAGAAAGCGGAAAGGUUUGCUGUCAUUAAACUGGUAAAAUAAAACUGCAAUUUCACAUGUGAAAGUAAGAGAAUAAAAGAACAAACUGAAACAAACUUAA